AUGAUAGUAUCCAACGCCCUUGGUUUGGACAGGGCUUACGGCCCUUUUUUCUUUUUGAAAAAAGUUAAAUGUGGAGUUACAAUACCUGAUAAAGAUCCAGAUGGUGGACAGAUUUCUCAGCAAUGGGAGGACAUGUCUUCCGCUGUUAUCGUGCAAGAAAUUAUGCAGGAAGCAGCUGAUUUACAGAGGAUUACUUUUCUAGUUGGUGCAGAUAGCAAAAAAAGCGACAUGGUCAACGUUGCUGUAUGCGAUGGUACUGCCUUUCAGCCACCGAUAAUGGUGAAUAGGUCACUUACUAGCGAUGUAUCAAAACAGCUCCGCUACCUUGGAAUUAUAUAUAUAAUGCGGACACUUGGGCUUUCCACUUUCGGGAAAAGCCUUUAUCUAGAGUCUGUCUCGCAAGUUCUCAACCUUGUCAUUGUUAUGCUACUCCAAGGACUAAUGACUCUUCGAGUAUAUGUACUCCUUGGGAAACCAAAAUCAAUCUGCCUAGCCCUAGGAAUAUUAUUCGCUGUCACACAAAUCACUAAUAUCGUCUCUAUGCUGUAUUACUUAACAGCCGGGGAGAAGUUUUGGACCGAUGAUGAGGUUCUUGGAUUCCAUUACUGCAUGUACAACGUCUCAACAAAUCGAGCUUGGACAAUCCCAACAUCUAGCAUCAGUCUUUUAGUAUUUGAAAUUGUUCUCUGUGGGUUUAUCCUGAAUUACGCUGUCAAGAACCUUUCCGUUUCGCUUUGGAGUGUCCCAGCACAUGCAACGGCCAGCCUCACAUGGAUCAUUGUGCGCGACAAUCUGGUGUACUUCUUUAUUGCACUUGCGACCCUCCUUCUGUCAUCAAUUAAUCUAAUCCCAAUUAUAUCCGAGGCAAUAAACAGUGUGGCAGAGGUGACCUUACUUUCGAUGGCCGGUCCAAGAAUGAUCAUUAGCUUGCGUAAAAGCUACUUGAUGGCGCUAGAAUCGGGAACAGCGGGAUCAAAUGAGCUGACAACUGUAGCUUUCAAUGGGGCUGCGCCUUCACAGGCCGAGAAUGACCCCUAA